GGACUUCAGUGGUGCCGGCGGAGACGAGGCGCAGACUCUUCACCAAAGUGACCUUGUGAGAGUGAAUGCAGAGCAGCGCUGCAGAAUCAGAGUGACGGUUAAAGCCUGCUUGGUUUGCUUGACACAUGGGGAGGUGAACUUCAACAUGGGUGCGCGUGUUUUCUUCUUGUCGAGUAAUUGUUCUGUGCAAAUAGCAUACAUUUCUCUCCAGGCGCAGAGUGCUCGGGCUGAAUGGAUGCUGCCACGGCAUAAUGGUCCUCAGACGUUUGUUUCCGUGGUAACGUGGGGAGGGCUUGUGGAGAGGGAGGUAUAAAAACCCUGGCGGCUCCUCUCUGACUCUUUCACUGUGGUAAACGCGCUCUCUCUCUCUCUCUCCGUGGACGGAGCACUUGGAAGAACUUGCCUCCUCGAGUUAUCCAUUCAGCUCCCGCUGGAGCUGAGACGCUGCGCGAGAUGAUGCGACCCAAAGACCUGCGGCAGGGGUCUGGCACCAAGACCUUCCUGGACGCCAUGAAUGGCGGGAAGGUCCACCUGGCACGCUUCAUCCUGGAUGCUUUGGACGGACGCAUCAUCAACUCCAAGACGGAGAAGAGCCGCACCCCGCUCAUGCACGCCGCGUGCCUGCAAGACCCGGGGACGAGAGCCAAGUUCACGCAGCUCCUGCUGGAGAAGGGGGCCAAAGUGAACUGCCAGGACGAGGACGGCCGCACGGCUCUGAGCCUGGCCUGCGAGCUGGGUCACCUGGACGCUGUGAAGAUCCUGGUCCAGUUCAACGCCGACCCAGACGUAACCGACGCCUGGGGCAACAGCGCCCUCAUGUACGCCGCCUACUCCGGUCACAACCAGGUCCUGGAGUUUUUGGUCAGAGCUUUCAAGAGGCUGGGCCUCAGGAUGGACCGGACCAACAACAACGGCCACUCCGCCAUCGAGGUGGCCAACUUCUUCGGUCACAGCCAGUGCGUGCAGAUUUUAAACUUCCCCAACAAAAGGUCAGCCGGCGCCGAUGACCCACUUUCCGGCAACAGACUCCCCAGGCACAUCCUGGAGAGGUUCUCCAAUGAGGAGCAGCUGCCUGAGGUGUUCCAAAGGCAGCUGAAGGUCGGGGACAGCGGCCGGAUUUGGAACCAGCUCACAAGAAAUCCAUCUCCAGAGGAGGACCAUCGGCACAGCUGGGCCCUGCCCUCGGCGUUGGAGAAAGGCAAGGCCGAUGGGAAUCACAAUUUCUUCACCGGCAAGCAGCAGCAGAACUCUCAGAAAGACUCCCACCAGGAGAGUCUACCUGCCCUGGGAAAAGCCAAGUCCUUUAACCUGGAACAUCUGAGCAAAAGGAAGCAGUCCUAUCAGGGCGAGGUCCACGACGUGUCGUCCAGCAAGUUCAAGAGAGCCUCGCUGCAGGAGGAGAGGUGUCUGAUCGACAGGUGCCAAGGGAGCUCGCGGUGCCGGACGCAUGACGCCGACAAGCCUGUCUCACAGCCUAAACCGCCUGUCACUGGCAAAAGUCUCAGCACGAGAGCGCUCGAGGGAAAUGUCAAGCCCCAGAAAGAGGAGGUGAAUGACAUCAUGAGAGCGCAGCAGAGGAGGGGGAGCGGCGCGCAGACGGGCAGACACCACAAGCGGCUCUUCACCCGGGGGGAGACCGAGGCUCCCGGCCAGUCGCCAGGCAUCGUCGGCCUGGGGACCAGACUCCUCCGUCGCUUCACCGCGCCGGAUUUCAUGAGGAUGGUUAUUGACUGCUCCUCCGGCGCCGGGGGCAGAGGUCGCAUGGCUCGCUCCGAAACCUUCCCGCUGUCUCAGACCAACCUGCAGGUCAACAGCCAGCCCAGCGUGGACAGCAUCAGCGGCGUGAGGUGCGAGUUCGAGAGCUGCUCCUCUCAGUUCGACGUGUGACGAGGAAAUUUUUCUCUUGUAUAUUUGUAUACUUCUCCCUGAAUAUCUAAGGCUUUAUAAUACAGCUGCUGAAUAUAUUUACAUUUUUGAGAUUUAUAUGGCAGAAAUAUUUGUUAUUGCUUCUGUAUUUCUACAUGACCCUGGGUGUGUGUGUGUGCAC